ACCCAGGCAGCACUGCACAGCGGCACCGGCUUCCUCGGCACGCAACAUCGCGCACUAUGGCGUCGCUCUGAGUCCACUCACACGGCAGUUGUGUACACACUUAACCGGCAAUCCGUCACCAUCGGCGCCUUGAUAAUGGACCUCCGGUCCAGAGGCUUUUUUCGGGGCCAUCGGAAUCACCAAUAGUACUCUAAAAGUACGAAAUUGUUUGAUUUUUCAGCACUGUCACACGCCUCGGGAUUUAAUCAAGUGACAGGAGUCGAGCCGGUUAGCACAACUAGCUCGCUAAGUCUGUAGCCAAAGAAGGGCAUCUUGGUUUUUGUUGGACUUGAAAAGAAAGCACCGCGGAGUGAAGAUAUCACGAAUUCCGUAGAAGACCCGACGAGAGGCCGACUCCCGGGUCACAAUCCAGCCGCGCCUUUACACGUUAUCCCGGUUGGCAACACAUCGCCACACUAAUGCAGAACCAUAAAAGAACGUGAAAUGAAUAAACCACCACAGCCUAUAACGGGACCCCCCUCUGUCCCAAACCCAGCCCCCUCCCCCGGAUUGACACAGGCCACCUACGGACCUGGGCAGCCUCAGUCUCUUGUUUUUGCCACACCUGCCCCCCCACAGAUGAACUCCGCACCUCAGCCAAGACAGUUUGCCGCAGGGCCCCGUACGUUACACCAACAGGGUGGAUACAGAGCGCUACAGGGUUACUAUUCGAACCGUCCGGCGAUGGCAACCAGUGCACCGAGGGUCCAAACAAGCAGUGGUCCUCGACCCGUAGGGCCCACCCAUGUCUAUCCGCCAAGCUCCCAGAUGAUGAUGAUUCCCCAGCAGCAGCUCUCAUUUGCCGGCUCCCCUCAGGGUUACUUCAUUCCUCCUGGACAGUACCGGGCCCCUUAUAUGCCACCUACUCAGCAGUAUCCCGUGACCAGCGGCAGUGCUGGCUACUACGCGGGAACCAGCCCUGCUGAAUAUCCCGGCUAUGCAGGAGCGUACUACCCGGCUCAGUCGCCGUACACGCCGUCUGUCCAGUCUGCACCGGUCAUGAUCAACCCUCCCCAACAACAGCAACCAGCACCCCCUCCCCAGCAGCCGCCAGCACCGCCACAAGGCCCACCAAAGAGGGAACGUAAACCGAUCAGAAUACGAGACCCUACUCAGGGUGGACGAGAUAUCACAGAGGAAAUCAUGUCUGGCGGAAGGUCCACCUCAACACCAACUCCUCCGCAGGCCAACAUCACAGAAGGCGGUUCUGCACAGACGAAUGGUGAAGUCAUUCCGCCUGCUACGACCGUCACAAGACGAGACGAUAAUAUAGAGCAAGUUGCCAGUGUCGAGACCCCACCACCUCCUUCAACAUCAAACCCCGAGCCCACGUUUGAGGCCACACUGGAAGCGGACAACCAGAACGUGCCGGCUGAGGAAUCUGAACCUGUGGACCCUGACCUGGCUCCCGAGGUGCCCACUCAAAUGGUAGAGGACCAGCCAGAUCCAAAUUCCACCCCUCCUGCUUCAACGCCCUCCUCUGUGGCGGAGGUUGAAGAAGUGGGCAUCCUUGUCAGCGACACAGUUGAUGCUCCUGUAUGCCCCUCACCUCCGACGGCACAAGAGGAGAAACCACAGGCUGCCCCGGCUCUGUGCGAGAAGAUGCCAGAGAAGCGACAAGAGGAGGAAAUGCAGGUGAUGGAAGAAAAGGAAGGGCCCACAGAGAUGGCAUCGGCGGAGCCUGUUGCUGAAGUUGCAGAAGCAGUAAACCCUGUUUGUAUAGAACCAGAGGAAAUGCCUCCAAAAUUGAUAACUGAAGCGCCUCAGCUUCCGCCGCCAGAGCCUGCCGCUCCCGAGCCCGAACUCCGGCUUGCCCCGAAAAAACAGGAAGAGCCUCCUCUCGCCAACGGCCUUCCUCAGGACAUGGAGGAACUUGGCGAAGAAGACACUACUCCCUGCAAUCAGCCAGAAGUUUCUCAAUCUCAGGAAUCCACACCUGUGGCUAAAAUUGCAGUGCCAGUUGUGGAACACUUGGAGGUCAAGGAGACAGAGGUGGUGGUGGCGGAACAGAAAAAAGAAGUGGUGAAGGUGGCAAAAAGUGAGGAAGUUUCUCCUGCUCCCAUCUCCAUGAACUGUCCUGUUGAGGAAUCUGCUAUGCAAGCUGCUACAUCUGUGCCAAAGAAGAGGAGGAAUAUGAAGGAAAUUAACAAAAAGGAGGCCAUCGGAGACCUCCUCGAUGCCUUCACAGAGGAGCAGGUUGCCAAGCCUGCCCCAGAGCCCUCCUCCACUCCAGCUGAACCUGUCCCCGUGGUUCCUGCUGAACCUCCCGCUGAGGUUGCAGAUGAGACCUGGGAGGAGAAGGAGGACAAGCAGAAUGCAGAACCGGAGACCAAAUCUGAGACGGCUGACAAGAAAUAUCAGUACAAGGAAGAACAAUGGAAGCCUAUCAACCCCGAAGAGAAGAAACGCUACGACCGAAAAUUCCUUCUGGGCUUCCAGUUCAUCAGUGCCAGUAUGAACAAGCCGGAAGGCCUGCCUGCUAUCGAUGAUGUGGUUCUGGACAAGGUAAACAAGACUCCACUGCGGCCUGCAGAUACAGGUCGAUUGAAUGUCAGGACAGAUUUUACCCCUUCGUAUGUGGAGAAUCUGGGCAGCAGAUCAGUGGGAGGAAUGCGUGGACCAAUCCCCGGACCACGGCGGUCCCAGCAGGGUCAGCGGAAGGAGCACCGCAAAAUCAUCACCAGCAUGUCGCUCAAUGACGACGUGCAGCUAAACAAGGCGGAGAAGGCCUGGAAGCCGUCGACGAAAAAGGCCGCCAGAGGUCGAGGGGAGGAUGAUGGGACUGGAUCAAAUGACGAAGAGCUUACCCCCGAGCAAGCCAUAACGCAAGAAACCCUGAAGCGAUUGCGCAGUAUCCUCAACAAACUCACGCCGCAGAAGUUCCAGGAUUUGAUGAAUCAGGUGAAGGAGCUGACCAUAGACACCGAGGAGAGACUGAAGGGCGCCAUUGACCUAAUCUUUGAGAAAGCUAUCUUGGAGCCCAGCUUCUCCGUGGCCUACGCUAACAUGUGCCGGUGUCUUUCUGGGUUAAAAGUCCCCACCACAGACAAACCCGGUCACAUUGUGACCUUCCGCAAACUGCUGCUCAACCGCUGCCAGAAAGAGUUUGAGAAGGACCAGGAUGAUGACGAGUUCUUGGACAAAAAGCAAAAAGAGAUGGAGGCUGCUAAAGACGAGGAAGAACGUGAACGCAUGCGCAUAGAGCUGGAGGAAGCCCGCGACAAGGCCCGGCGCCGCUCGCUUGGCAACAUCAAGUUUAUCGGUGAACUUUUCAAACUGAAGAUGCUGACGGAAGCCAUCAUGCAUGACUGUGUGUUGAAACUACUGAAGAAUCAUGAUGAAGAGUCUCUGGAGUGCCUCUGCAGGCUUCUCUCCACGAUUGGCAAGGACUUGGACUUUGAGAAAGCCAAGCCUCGUAUGGAUCAGUAUUUUAAUCAGAUGGAAAAGAUCAUCAAAGAGAGAAAAACAUCAUCCCGAAUCCGCUUCAUGCUACAAGAUGUCUUGGACCUCAAAAAGUGUAACUGGGUGCCUCGUAGAGGAGACCAGGGUCCUAAAACCAUUGACCAGAUCCACAAGGAUGCGGAGAUGGAAGAGCACAGGGAGCAGAUCAAAGUCCAGCAGCAACUCAUGUCCAAAAAGGACACAGGCGGAGGCAGGAUGGGAGGAGGUAUGGGCGGUCGAGGCCCUCACAUACCGGGAGGGGGCCGGGGCAGCCAGCCCCAGGAUGAAGGCUGGAACACGGUGCCCAUCUCUAAGCGAUUUUACGACUCUUCCCGACUCAAGCUCUCUAAGCACGACAAUCUGGACCUCAACAAUCAACGGUUGGCUCCUUCUGGCAAAAGUUGGGGCAAAGGGAGUAGCGGAGGAAUGGGGGUUAAAACUGCAACAGCAGACCAGGACUCUCGCCCAACCACCAGCAACAACCGCUUCGGUGCCCUGCAGCAAUCCGGCUCCUUGUCCUCUGACUCUGAUCGUAGAGCUUCUCAGAGCAGGUCGAGCUCCAGCCGCGAGCGAGGCGGUGAUAGGGAGCGAUCGGAUCGGGAUCGAGAGCGCUUUGACCGUUUGGACCGUGACGACCGCAGUACCCGAAGCCAAAACACCAAGCGGAGCUUUAGCAGAGAAACGGAGGAGCGUGGCGGGAGGGGCGGUGAUAACCGGCCCUCCAACGAGCCCAUGCGCCGCGUGGCCAGCAUGACGGACAGCCGUGACCGGGGUAGCAGAGAUCGUGGCAGCCGAGACCGAGGCAGCAGAGAUCGUGGCAGCCGAGACAGGGUUCCAAGCAAAGACGUCCCAGCCAAGCGCGAGAGUGCCCCCACACCACCUUCUCUUCCUGAACCAGCAAUGUCAGAAGAGGCGAUGGAAAAGAAGUCCACGGCCAUCAUCGAUGAGUUCCUCCACAUCAACGAUUUUAAUGAGGCAACCCGGUGCGUAGAUGAGCUAAAAAGCAGCAGCGCACUGCUCUACGUGUUUGUGCGGAAGGGCGUGGAAUCCACACUGGAACGCAGCGCCAAAGCUCGUGAGCUGUUCGGCACGCUCCUGCCUAAACUCACCCUGGCUGGAACCUUGCCCAUUCAGCAGUAUUUUAAAGGGCUUUCACAGAUCCUGGAGGUCGCUGACGACAUGGCCAUAGACAUACCUCACAUCUGGCUCUACUUGGCUGAAAUCAUCACCCCCAUGCUCCUUGAGGGUGGCAUUCCUAUGGGGCAGCUCUUCAGUGAGAUCUCCAAGCCUCUCCUACCACAAGGGAAGGCCGGCGUGCUACUGGUGCAAGUCCUUCAUUUGCUCUGCAAAGGAAUGACUCAUAGUAAGGUUGGGGCCCUGUGGAAAGAGGCAGGGCUAAACUGGAACGACUUCCUGCCCAAGAAUGAUGACGUCAACAAGUUUGUCACUGAGCAGCAAGUGGAGUUCACAACCGGAGAGGGGCAGUCCAAGGAGAGUACUAAAAAGGCACUAAGUGGAGAUGAGCUUCGGCAAGAGCUUGAGCGCCUCCUCCGCGAUAAGGCCAGCGACCAGCGCCUCAAAGACUGGGUGGAGGCCAAUCUGGAUGAGCAGCAGAGGUCCUCCAACCAGUUCGUACGUGCACUCAUGACCGCCACGUGCCAGUUGGCCAUCACAGGAGACCCGUACAAGGUGGACUUGCCGCUGAUCAACAGUCGAGCCUCCCUGCUGCAACACUUCCUGAAUGACGAACAGAAGGAGCUACAGGCGCUCUACGCCCUGCAGGCGCUCAUGGUGCAAAUGGAGCAACCUGCGAACCUCCUGCGCAUGUUCUUCGACGCGCUGUACGACGCCGACGUCAUCAAGGAGGAUGCCUUCUACAAGUGGGAGUCGAGCAAAGACGCUGCGGAGCAGAACGGCAAAGGCGUGGCCCUCAAGUCCGUCACCGCCUUCUUCACUUGGCUGCGCGAGCCCGAAGAAGAGUCCGAUAAGGACUGAAGACCGCUGCUCACUGCUGGCAACGAGGAGGAUAAAGUGGUAGCGGUAGAGAUUCAAGGGACGAUUUUGCCCACGAGGCAGACUCAAAAUCAGAAAUCCUCAAUGAGGAUAAAUAUCUUUUUUUUUCCCCCUUCGUUUUGGAGUGAUGAACUCGGCAAACAAUCAUUUCCCUCCUUCCUUCUUCACUGUUCCCCAACCACCAACCUGCUCUCUUCAUGAAACACUCGAAAAGUCCUUCAAACAGAACAGAUCACGCAGGUUCCGACAUGUCCCCCUUGUUCCCGUACUUCACCACACAAUUUCGCCACACCGCAGACCGAUGAGCUGUUUUCUGCCCAAUCUGUGAGAUGAUUGUCACUUUUUCUUCCUGGGAUUUUAAGAGGACAGACGGACAGGCGCGCGCGGUCGGUGUGAUCUCAAUGCUUCCUCGUCAUUGCACCGACUGACUCUUGGUCUUUGUUUUCCUUCCGCUGCGGAGGGACACUUCACCACCCAAUCGCCAUUAAAACUUGAAAUCUACAGAAAUCGACUUGAUUAAUUAUAUAAAGUUAAAACAGAAAAUAUCCAGAAGCCUUUUUCUACAUUAAGUGGGAAACUCCUUUCUGGAGCAUUCUGUAAAUAUAUACUAAUUAAAACCUAUUUUUUUCCUUAUGUUUUUUUUUUUUUUUUUUUUGGUGGUUAUUUUUGAGAUAAUGCAGUUGUCCGGAUGCAGAGAGGUGCUUUAGAUAAUCCUUUGAUUAUUAGUUUUAUUGGAAUUUUGUAAAUAUAUUUUUUUGCUUUCUUUAUUUAAGAAAUGAUGGCUUCUUUUGCAUCGGAAACUGGAAAGACGAACAUUGCAAAUAAAGGACUUAAGUUGCAGUGAAGUUUUUUUAUUUUUUCAGAUAAUUCUGAUUCAUAUAAUUUUAGUUCUUAAAAGAACCGACAACACUCGCAUCCCAGCAGAAAGAAUACUGUUUAAUAAAUUGAAAGGGGAAAAAGUUUUUCUAAUUUGUGCGAGUAGAGGAAAAAACGUAAAUAUUAAGCCAGUAUUUCCAGAAAGCCCAGAAAAUGUUUUAUCAGUGCAGAUACUAUUUUAGCCAAUCAAAUGUGAGUAUCCAAAAUUCCUUGCUAUGUCAGUAAUU